GCAGGGUCGGGCUGGGUCGGUGCCGCCGGUGCCGCCGGUGCCGCGUCCCCUCGGAACCCCCGGCCAUGGCGGAGCCCCCGCGGCCGCAGAGGAAGCUGUCCCGGGUUGGGGAGAGCCUGUACCGUGUGCUGGGGCUGCAGAAGGGCAGCUCCCCCGAGGAGAUCAAGAAGGCCUAUCGGAAGCUGGCUCUCAAGUACCAUCCCGACAAGAACCCCGAUGACCCCGCGGCGGCCGAGCGCUUCAAGGAGAUCAACAGCGCCCACGCCACCCUGAGCGACGCGGACAAGCGCCGCCUGUAUGACCAGUACGGCUCCCUCGGCCUCUAUGUGGCCGAGCAGUUCGGCGAUGAUGCUGUCCGGCACUACUUCCUCAUGUCCAAGUGGUGGUUCCAGGCGCUGGUGCUGUGCUGUGGUGCCCUCACCUGCUGCUGCUGCUGCUGCUGCUGCUUUUUCUGCUGCGGGACGUGCUGCCCGCCCAAGGAGGACGAGUCCUACAAGUACGUGGACCCCAAGGACCUGGAGGCGCAGAUGCGAGCAGAGGACAGCGAUUCCCACAUCCCMGUGGUAGCACAGCCCCCGCCUGCCAGCGUGGAGUCGCUGCCGGCCAGCUCCAGGAGCGAUGCCUGAGGCCAGGCCCGUCCACCAGGACUCCCCCAGGAUUCUCCUUUGGGACUGUCACUUUCUGGGACCACGGUCCCACCCCCCGGACCGGCUCUUCAGCCCCGGGAGGGAUAGAAUCUCAGGUUAAUUUGGCCAGCAYCAAUGCACAGGCUCCUGGGCCCCCCUGGAGCUGCAGGGCGAUGUCCCUGCGUCCCAGCACUGGUGGUGGCAGUGGCCCCGAGUCCGUGCUGCUGCCACCCCCCUUCAGUGCCUUGCCCGUGCCACAUCAGGCACCGAGCACCAGGCACGAGCAGAGACGCUCCAGGCCGAGCUCUGCAGCUCCCACGGGAUCCGAGACCAUUAGCACUGUAACUCYGGGGCUGGGCUGAGCCCGCUGUCCCGCUCACCGACCCUCCCGAUGGGCGCUGGGUGCCAAACGCUGCUGCGGGRUUGGGGUGCUUCUGUCUGUGCCCCUUUCCUCUGCCCUCCGGGAUUGUCGUGGUUUUUGUGGGCACCAUUAAAGGCUGAUGGGAGGGGA